AUGGAUGAAACUUAUGAUUCACUCUCGAAUUAUCUUGUGCAAAAGGAGAAAUCUCUUUCGCCAGAGAUUCGAUGUCUAAUUGCAAUUGCAGGGAUACCCGGAUCGGGAAAGUCGACUUUAUCCGAAAGGAUCGUUAGUCGUAUAAAUCAUUUGAGCGGAACAAAAAAAGCGAUCGUUGUGCCCAUGGAUGGAUUUCAUUAUACCAAAAAAAAGUUGCGCACUUUCUCGGACCCUGAUGAAGCACUCUUUCGUCGAGGAGCACAUUGGACAUUUGAUGCACAAGGCCUCCUCAUUCUCGUUGAAAGGCUCCGAGCUCCAAUCAAGAAUGACACAGUCAUUGGUGCGCCGUCGUUUGAUCAUGGUCGAGGUGAUCCUGUUUCCGAUGAUAUAAAAAUAAUAAUUUUUGAAGGUCUCUACCUUCACUUAAGGAAGCCGCCUAUUUGGAGUUCUAUCGCGUCUCACAUGGACGAACUAUGGUUUGUUCAAGUUGAUCGAGAAAUCGCAAAAGAAAGAAUUAUCAAGAGACACAUUAAAAGCCACAUCGAUGAAAGCAGGGAAGAGGCGAUCAAUAGGACAGAGAAUAACGAUAUGAUUAAUGCAGAUUAUAUCUUGAAUAAUAGCUUUCCACCUACCAGGAUUGUUCAUAGCAUUGAAGAAACCGAACAAGAAUUUGAUUAG